UUCAUGUUCAUGUUUGCGGAUUUUUAAGAUUUUGUGUUACUGAAAAACCUAAGUGUAGAAUAGUGCUUUUAGGGUUUAAAAAGUACCUAUUACAGCCGCAAUGUUAUUUAUAAACAGAGGUAGUAUCGUGUCCCGGUUCCAGAGCUAUAGUCUACUAAGGCUCUUUUCACUUGCAUCAACCGGAAGGAAAAGUACAUCAGUACCAUCUCCUAAACAGAGUGGAGAAUUUCAUGAAGACCAUGAGGGAGAAAUUAAAAUUAACACAAAACCAACACACAAACGGUUGGAAAAACGAAAGCCUUUCAUGAAGAACAUGUUCGUUGGAAUCGUAGAUACUGACCUGCUAGUGUAUCCGGAAUCGCUAAAUCGGGAUGAGCAGAGCCGGCUAGAAUCAGAGCGUAAAAGUUUUGAAAAACUUAACGCCACGAAUAAAAAUAAAGAAGAAGCUUUCGGCCUACGAUCGCCACUUAAUUACGGCGGCAAGCAGCUCAUUGAAACAGAACUAGCCUAUUUCAAUGAGAUAUUAUGUACAAAUAUCACUACUGCUGUAGUUACUAUGCAACACAAUGCCGUAGUAGAACUAUUGAAUCAAUUUGCAUCUGAUCGGUUGAAAGCUAAAUGUUUAGAAGAGUUGAGCACCGGUCAGAAAAUUGCCAGCUGCGCCUUGUUUGAAGAAAAAGCUCCUAGUGGUACUAUGUUUAGUACACUAGCGAAUUUAAGUUUAACUACCGACAGAUGGUUGCUUAACGGAAGUAAAUCAUUCAUACUUAAUGGCGAUAAGUGCGAUUACCUGUUGGUGCUGGCUUCAACAAAACCAGUAGAGGCAAUAAGUGAACACGAUUCGUCAAUAACUGCAUUUCUAGUGGCUGUAAAUGCCACAGGCGUGCACCGAGGCACGACAGACGAAACGCUUGGGUUAAAUAACGUUAAACAAACAACGUUCAAAUUUGAAAACGUUGAGCUUAGUGCUGACGAUGUAGUCGGAGCAGAAGGAAAGGGAGCCGAAAUAUUGGUGUCGCUUCUGAAGACCACACGAAUCCAAACAAGUGUAAUGGGUGUCCAGUUAAUGAAACAGAUUCUAAAUCAAGUGACAAAGCAUUGUAUUGAGACAAAAACAGGAGCUGGACAUGUAUUAGACAUUGAAAACGUUCGUGAAGAACUGUCGCGUUCAUUGUGUUCUAUUUAUGCUGCUGAAAGUAUGAUCUACCUGACAACAGGAUUGCUGGACGACUUCACUGGCCAAGAUGCUGAAAUGGAAGUAGCCUUAACAAAAAUUUUCACAAACGAAAGAUUGCUACAGCUAGCGCUAAUGCCACUGCGAUUUAUCGGACCACAAGCCUUGGUAAAGAGAAACAUAUUUGAAUCUACGCUUCGAGAUGCAAUACAGUUUUUCGGCCAUGGAGAAACAAUGGAUUCCGUAAAGUUUUUCGUGUCUUUGUCAGGAGUGCAACAUGCUGGGAUGUCCACUUAUGAAACUGUAAAGAAAGACCGAAAUCCAGCCAUGAAUCCAUCGCAUGUACUGUCAAGAUUUUUCGAUAAAAAUACAAUUGACACACCAAAAAAAUUUGCCAACCUGGAGCACUACUUUCAUCCGUCACUAGACACAGCUGCAAAUCUAAUUGAACUAUCAAUUGCACGACUAAAGUUGGCCACUGAGUGUACGUUAUCCAGGCAUGGUCUUGAAGUAAUAAACCGCCACAUCGAACUGGUGCGUUUAGCCGAUAUGGCGGUUCUAAUUUACGCAAUGAUAGCUGCAUCCAGCCGUGCAUCUCGAUCGUAUUGCAUAGGCUUGGCGCAUGGAGACCAGGAGAUUCAUCUGGCCAAUACGUUCUGUUUCGAAACCAGUGAAACGGUGCGACGACUCGCUAAGGAUCUCGAAGUGGGUCAGUUCAUCACAAACGAUGCGAACUAUGACGGUUUAGCACGUUAUUUGUUUCGACAAAAACAGUACUAUUUUGAACACCCGUUGAAUAAAAAUUUCUAAUAGCAGGUAAACGAAUGUUUGCUUUAUGUAUAAAACUGUUACAUUGUAUUCCAUCGUGCAAAAAAGAGCUAUUAUUUAAAACAAAAACGGAGGAAGAGUUACCUUGUUCUAUUAGCGGGAAUUCCAUUUACUUAGUAUUUCUAAGGAACUUAAUUACCGUAUGGUCGCCAUCUACCGCUCAUUUA